AUGCAGUGGCGUCUCCGGUCUAGAAGACUGCUGAACAAGUUCAAGUGUCUCGGGGGGAGGAGCGAGUUGCCGGCAGAGGCGGUCGGCACAGGAGUGGGGCUGGUGGAAAGCCGAGACCGGGCACGGACGGUCUCCUGCCCUGGGAAGGAAGGAGCAGUAGAAGAUAAACAAGGGGUCAUGGCAAACGUAACCCAGAGCAGAGGAUUCCCACUUCAUCCAGUGAUGGAACAGCAGAACAAAAAGGCGGAUCCUUGGGAGCGUCUGCGUGGUGACCCUAGGGAGAGGUUUCAAAGGAGUGCCCAAAAAAGUCGACGCAUCUUGGGAGAAGUGACGUUUCUCCAGGGAAAUAGUGAACUGUCCGUUGAGGAUCUGAAUGAGACUAUUUUGAAAGACCACUGUUACUGUGUGAUGAGCGAGACGCAGCUCUCGCGUUGCACCCCACGUCCGUGUCCUCUGAGAGAGCACGACUACUGCAGAAACCAUAAGGUCGGUGUCUCGGCACUUAAGGACCACGAAUACUGUCACGUGCAAAGGACUCAUUAUCAGGGCAGAGUUAAUAAAAUUGUUCGUCUUACUGGUAAGGCUCGAGCCGUGCUUCACAGGCUGGCAAAGCGCAAAUCCCAAAUAGGGCGAAUCAUCAGGAAAGCCAAGCGAAUUAUGUGGCACUACAAGCCUUACGCCAACAAGAGGUUUGAGUUUCCUCAGGGUUCCUUUAGCACCGGCUGUCUUUCUGAACCUGCUGUCCAUCCUGCUAAGGCAGAAGACGACCCCACGAAGGGAACGUGUGGGGGAUUUUGUCCUGCAAAGCAGGAGACUGGUACCCCCCAGCCUCAGAGCGAGGGAGGGUCCCAAGGGGGGACAGCAGAAGCACUUCAUGACCCUGUGGUGUCCUUUGAACCAGUGGCUGCACCCCCACCCUCAAAUGCAGCUGCGGAGGUGAAGAGGGAAGCGACGCACCCCAAGGCAUCCGUACACCGCAAGGCGCAGAGGGCACAGCUGAUCUGGAGCCCAGACGCUAAGAAAAAUGUCGAAGGACAUGAACUCGUUAACUCAAAUUCUGUAUCGAUGCACGAUGCGUAUAAAAUGGUGAUGCAGACUGUCGAUCACAUGUUGGACUCCAUAUGUCAGAACUUCGAGCUCGGUGGCUUCUCUCAGUGUAAGGAUAUCUGGCCCAUCGUCAUUCAGAUAGACAGCUGA